AUGGCAAUACAAACACUAACCUUUGGAGAAUAUUUAGUUGACGGUUUAAAUUCUUUUAUUUCAAUAAAUUUUGAGUAUAUUGGAAUAUUAAAACGUUUAAUUGGAUUUAUGACUAUUUGGCUUGUUUGUUUUAUGAAUUUAUUUUCUUUGAAAAAAAUAGCUGGCCGAUUCCAAGUUGUAUUAACAAUAAUUAAAUUGCUGGUUAUAGCUACAAUUAUUUUUAUUGGUUUAUAUCAACUUAUAUUUAAAAACAAAACUGAAGAAACUUUUGUAAAUGCUUUUGAAGGUUCUAAAACUGAACCUGGAGAUUUUGUAUUGGCUUUAUAUGCAAGCCUUUUGGCUUAUAAUGGCAAAGUGCUUCCCCUAGCAGCUUUAUGUGGAAUUGGAAUAUCUGCAGUUGUCUAUCUUUUAAUUAAUAUUGCCUAUUUUUCUGUUUUGAGUAUUGAUGAAUUUUUAAAUACUGAAGCUGUUGCUUUUAAAUUCGCAGAAAAAACAAUGGGGGAUUUUUCUCGUAUUUUUCCCUUUUUAAUUGCUAUACUUUUGCUUGGAAAUUUAAAUAGUUCAAUUUUUGCAUCAUCAAGAUAUGUAUUUGCUGGAGCUAAAAAUGGAAUUAUGCCUCCAGUUCUAAGCUCUGUACAUGAAAAGUCUAUGAGCCCUAGAGUUGCUAUAAUAUAUGAAAUGUUUGUUCUAAUUUCUCUCUCUUUUAUUGGUGAUUUGGAACAUUUAAUUGGAUAUAUGUCCUAUUCCUUAUGGAUGCAAAAAAGUUGUACAAUGGUAGCCCUAUUAUAUAUGCGACACAAAGGAACAUUUAAAUUUCAAAAAAAUUCAAUAAAAACACCCAUAAUACUUCCAUUUAUUUGUUUGUGUAUAUUUAUUUCUAUGUUGAUAAUUUCUGCUAGAAAAGUUGGAAAAAAUUUCGAAAAUUUUUAA